AUAUAGUUUACAGCGCCUCCUGGCGACAUAUAAUUGUUAGAAUAUUUUAAUAAAUAAAUUUAACUAUAAGGUUUGUCAAUAAAUUUUAGUCAAUUUACAAUUAUUUUCCCAUGGAGAAAUUAAACAUAAUUUCGGGGGCUCUUUUUUUUAUGGCUGAUGUUUUUGCUAUAGCCAGUUUAUCAAUGCCCAAUUGGAUAACUACAAAUAUUGGUGAAGGAAGCACAAAAAUUGGUCUACUACAAACCUGCUUUCAAUAUGCCUAUAACAAUUAUACAGAAGAGUGUUUUAUGCAACCAAUAAUACGACCAGAAUGGGUUAUAUCAUUUAUUGCUAUUUGUGGUGGAAUAGUUUUAAUCACUGUGACCAUAGGACUCUUGAUUGCCACUUACUAUCAGUAUAAAGUUGUUAAAGUUGCUAGAUGGUUAGGUUUUAGUGCUAUGGUUUGUUUUUGCUUGGCUGCUGUUCUCUUUCCUGUUGGAUUUGACAUGGAUUUAAUUGGGGGAAAGGCGUAUCAACUACCAACUAGCUAUACCGUUGGUAUAUCUUAUAUCUUCUUCAUUCUCUCACUUUGGAUCACAGUUAUAUCUGAGUUAUUUGCAGGAAAAGUUUGUUUACCCCAUUUUUAA